AUGCGUUUCUCUACCGUCGCUACACUCGUUACUGCAGCUUCCAUCGCUGAAGCCGUUCCAUCUCGGGAGCGGCCUCAUGUGACUGCUGCUUCGCCCGGCCGUGGCGGUCUCUACCAGUCGGGCGCUUUCUAUGUCAACUGGGCCAUCUACGGACGCAAGCACUUCGUGACCGAUCUCCCAUACGACAAGCUCACCAAGAUCAACUACGCCUUUGCCAACGUCAACAACGUUACUGGCGAGGUUUUCCUCUCUGAUGAGUGGGCUGACAUCCAGUACUCGUACCCUGGCGAUGUUGCCACCAACGGCACGCAACUCCUGGGCAACUUCAACCAGCUGUUCAAGCUCAAGCAGAAGAACCGCAACCUGAAGGUUGCUCUUUCCGUGGGAGGCUGGACUUACCGCGAGAACUUUGCCCCCGCUCUCAAAUCUGAGGAGGGUCGCGAGAAGUUUUGCAACUCUACUCUUGCGCUUGUUGCUGAUCUCGGUCUCGAUGCUAUUGACAUCGACUGGGAAUACCCCCGCAAUGCCGAACAGGCUGGACACCUUCUCGCUACCGUCAAGCUCUGUCGCCAGAUGUACGACGAGUACGCUGCACAGUACGCCAACAACUACCACAUUGAGAUCGGUAUCUCUGCGCCUGCCGGACCCCAGCACUUCAUCAACAUGCCCGUUCGCGAACUUGACCAAUACGUUGAUAACUGGAACUUGAUGGCGUUCGACUACCAGGGUGGCGGUUUCUCCAACUUCACCGGCCACCAGAGCAACAUCUACCCCAGCCGCUCUAACCCCAAGACCACCGACGGAUGGGUUGUCGAGGAGAACCGUUACCGCCCAUUCAACACCAAGCAGGCCGUCGACUACUACAAGGCCAACAUUGCGGACCCCUCCAGGAUCCAGCUCGGUAUGCCGCUCUACGGCCGCUCCUUCGGCAAUGUCGUCGACCUCAGCAAGCAAAAGCGCGGUCUCGGACAGAUGUUCAAUGGCUCCGGUACUGGUACUUGGGAAGCCGGUUCGCUCGACUACAAGGUUCUCCCUCUCAACGGCAGCAAGGUCUACACCGACAAAGAGACCAUCUCCUCCUGGUCCUGGGACCCCAUGAAGAAGGAGUUCGUCUCCUUUGACACCCCCAAGAUCGCCACCUGGAAGACCAAGUGGAUGCAGGAGCAGAACCUUGGUGGUUUCUGGUUCUGGGAAACCUCUUGUGACUUCGCCUACACGCACGAGAAGAGUCUCAUCAGGACUGCUAUCAAGGCUAUCGGUGGUGAGCAGAACUUGAAGGCCAACCAGAACAACCUUUACUACCCCCGCUCUAAGUACUACAACAUCCGCAAUGCGGCCAACUCUACCAUGCUUCUUGCUUCAAGGAGAUAG